UAACUGGCUUGAUAAUUUACUGCACUCUUAGCAACUCGUGCUUUGUGUUAUACAGUAAGUCCGGUUAAACUAUGACCAUGUUACUUUAGUGUCAAAGUUCAUUUAGAAGUCAAAUCAAAGCAGAAAUAUAAUGAUUGCAUUAUGGUUGUUUCAUAUAGUUUGUAUUAGAAAGGCCCAAAUUUCACUAGUGAUCACCUGAAUGUAAGUUGUGUUCAAGCUGAAGUAUAAUUCUCAGACAUGUGGAGGAAGGUGAGCUUGUCAGCAUUUUGGCCAACAUGUAAAACAUUGAGAGUUGAGUAAAAACGCUGCAUCCUGAACAUACCAUCCCAGUGGUGGAGCAUGGUGGUGGCAGCAUCAUGCUGGAAUGAGGGUUUUUUUUCCACAGGAACUUGCAUGAGUUCCUGUGUGUCAAAGUUAAUAGCUUUAAAUGAAACAAAUCCAUGAGUUAGGAUGGUGUGGAAAAGAUCCCAGAUAUAAAUCUAGCUUUGGUUAGAGAUGCUCUCCAUCCAAUCAAAUUGAGUUUGAGCGAAUUCGCAACAAAGAACGGGCAAAAGUUUCAGGCUCCAGACGUGCAAAGAUGGAAGAUCGCUUGCUGCUGUGACUCAGGAGAAAUGUGGUCGGAUACAAACGCAAGCAACACUUUUCAGAUUUUUAGCUGGAAAAAAAAAAGAAAAGACGAGAAUCUUGUUUUCAUUAUUAUGCAAUAUUAAGAGUUUCCUUUCACGAUAGAACAUUUCUAGAAGUCCAAACUAAUUCAUUUGAGCCUUUUAUUAUUAAGCAACGUAAAGCAGUUUGGAAUAUUUCAUGAAGCAUGAGGUGUUUUUUUUUUUUUGCGCAUAUAUUAGAACAUAAGCUGAAGGACGCAGAUAAAGUCAAACAAGUCAUUUGACAUCACUGCACUAAACAGCAUCUCAAGCCAACCUAACAUCAGCUGACUGUUUCAAAUUGGUCAGAAAAUAUCACCUCUUUCCUCUCCUUCUCUGAUAAAAUUCAGCUUACAUAAACAACUUGUUUGAAAUGUUUUUUGUUUUGUUUUUUUCUUUUCAUUAUUUCAAAUGUUCCUCAGAAGAUAAGAUCUUCUCAGGAAGAAGAUACGUUUGGUUACAAAGUCACUACUGUCCCUUUUGUUGUUCUGGAGGAUCCUGAGAUAAAACUUUGAACUUUUUAAGACAGUUAAGACAGCAGAGCUGCUGUGACGCUGUAGUUUGAGGGUGAAGUCGUACUUUUUAAAUGAGAGGCGGAUGUGAGGGGCUGGAUGAGAGGAGGAGUUUUUCUCUCACUUGUGGAAUAAAGGCGACACGGAGCAGCAGAAAGACUCUUGACACUGCAGCAACCAGAGCACAGAUGUAAGAUUUAUGUGCUUGGUAUUGCAGACAUAGUACAUUAUGGGGAAAAUUAUGUGCAAGUAGCUAAAGUACGAGUGUUUACAGUCUCCAGAGAGAGUGGCUCCCUGACCCCUGCAUUAUAACCAGUAGAGGAAUCUGAAUCUCGGAUUAGUUUUGGGGGCUUAAAUAAGGAAAAUGCAGGAUUACGAGGAGUCCGUGUUGUUUCUGGGGAGCUGGGGUCCGUUCCAGAGGAGAAUCUUCUUUGUUCUUUGCCUCACCUGCGUUCCAUGUGGAUACAACAUCCUAUCUGUCAUCUUCCUGCUGGCCAGCCCCCCACACCACUGUGACAUCCCUGCCCACAGUAACCUGAGCCAGGAGUGGAUACAGGCCAGCAUCCCAGCGGAGCAGGUGGCCGGGCAGCUGGAGAGAAGCAGCUGCAGCCGGUACGAGCAGGACCUGGUUAGGAACCUGUCUGCAAUGGGAGCCAGUCCAAACUGGUUGCAGAACCAGUCUGUGCCGGGAUCAAGGCCAGAGGUUCUCCUGUCAAGCCUGAAGCGGGAGGGCUGUAGAGAUGGAUGGACCUACAGUACGCAGUACUUCCAGUCCACUGUGGUCACGGAGUUCGACCUGGUGUGCAGCGAACAGUGGAAACAGCCUCUGACUUCUCUCGUCUACUUUCUGGGAGGACUUUCUGGAUGUUUCAUCUCCGGACUAAUCUCUGACCGGUUUGGCAGGAAGCCCGUCCUGUUCGGGUCCAUCGCCGUCCUCAGCAUCUUCAGCAGUGCGGUGGCUUUCGCUCCAUCCUGGCCUGUCUUCACUGUUCUCUUUUUUAUGCUGGGCCUGGGUCAGAUCGCCUGCUACAUUGUGGUGUUUGUGCUGGGUUCAGAAAUCCUUGUGGGCUCCAGCAGGAUCCUCUUCUCCAGUCUGGGCCAGCCUUUUGUCUAUGCAUUCUCCAUGAUGCUGCUGCCAGGAACCGCAUACCUGGUCAGGAGCUGGAGACACCUAUCGCUCAUCAUGGCUGUGCCUGGCUUGGCUUGCAUCCCCCUCUGGUGGCUGGUUCCAGAGUCUCCUCGCUGGCUGCUGUCUCGUGGCCGCUUGCAGGAGGCCGAGCUUCUGCUGAGGUCAGCGGCUCUGGUGAACCGAGUGGAGGCUCCUCCAGUCAUUUUCCUCCCUCCCAAGGCUGAAAAAGCAGCGACACAUCAAGCAGAGUCUGUCAGCUUCCUGGACCUGCUGAAGACUGCAAAGAUUCGGCAUAUAACACUGAAGCUGUGGCUAAUUUGGUUUUCCAUGAGUGCCAGCUACUUUGGCUUGUCCUUCAGCAUGUCCACUUUGUAUGGCAAUCUCUUCCUGAACUACUUCCUGCUCACAGUUGUGGAGCUCCCAGCAUACUUUGCCAGCUGGCUGGCUGCACGCAGCUUUCCUCGCCGUCUUUCAUUCAUCGGUUUCUCCCUGCUGGGGGCACUGGCGCUGCUCUUCAUCCAGGGCACCAUGAAAAGUUACCCAACUCUUACCAUGUCCCUAGUACUGUUGGGUAAAUUUGGUGUUCUGGCAGGAAAUGGGGUGGUGUACACCUAUACUGGAGAGCUGUCUCCCACAGUCAUCAGAAAUACGGCAAUGUCUUCCUGUGCCAUGUUCUCCAGAGUGGGUUCCUCUGUGUCACCGUAUUUGCUUGAGAUGGCUGAGUUUAACAAGCUCCUACCCUGGAUUACUUUGGGUGUUCUGUCACUUCUCGGCGUUCUUCUCUGCAUCUUUCUGCCAGAAACGUUCCGACAGCCACUUCCUGAUACCAUUGAGCAGAUGCCGGUCACACAGUGGUUUGCAUGUCCCUGGGCCUCCAAAACUGCUUUGAAGGAAGAAGAAAAAAUCGCUAAGGAGCAGACUCCAUCAAUUGAGAUCAUCUGCACAACUUGUUUAUAAAGCAACCACUGAUAUCAUAUCUACCAGUACCAAGGUACAUGGUUUUUUAUUUUGGAAAUGCUCCCCGGUAACUGAAGGAGUUUGAAGUCAUGCAUCAACAACUCUUCCAUACAGCACGAACGGAGGGGUUGUGGGACUCAGAAACAACCUAAACUCAAAUUGACCUAAGAGUGAGAGACAUGAAAGCACACGGCAGUCUGCUGCAGCAAAUAACUUUUGCGCUUUGUUUUACUGAAGGACUGAAAUGCUGGAACUGAGAUGAGGAACAUAAUAUACAUAGAACUGAAAAUGGAAGGACACUACAGAGAAAUCCUAUGAUGGUUUUCUGACAUAAGUAAUUUCUGAAUAUUCAGUUAGUUAAAUUAUAAAAUUGUUUUGGAAAUUAUUGGUGUAUUGGCAGCAUUUUUGUCUUUUUUUUGCACUGCACAUGAACUUGAACAACAUGAACUUGAACAACAGGUGUACAUUUAGCAUUCAGGGUUUUAAUUGUGCAGUGAAGACAAAUAUUCAGUUGUGCAUAUGUCAGGUUUAAUAUUCACAAACCUGACAUAUGCACAAAUCAAGAAUAUGCUAUUUUCGCUGUUCAAUAAACUUGGAUCAUAUG